CAAUUUAAUAAGACAGCUUGAUACCAUAAAAAUGAGUAUACGAAAGAUACUUACCCAGCCAAGGUUGACCCAAGUCAGAAGCAUCUACUUACACAGUGGAACCCGUGUUGCCGGGUUGAAAAGAGACCCGGAACAAGCCUUCACCACCAAUACAGGAAUCAAAUAUGGAAUAAGUGAAGAGAAUUUAAAAUACAUAAAAGGAUUUUUGGGCGAUAAGUACGGGAUAAGCGAUGAAUUAGCAUUACAAGUGAUAACCCAUAAAUCAUUUGGUAAUGGGAUCAAACCAUUCAACGAAAAAUUAGGGGUUAUGGGUAGUAAGAUCAUGAAUUUAUUUUUUGCCAAAUAUGUCACUAGUACCAAAACCCCUACUGAAAUGACGAUUAAUGGAUUGAAUUUAGAUCCGUUAGGCUCACCAAUGGCCAAAGAACUUACUGCAAGGUUAAGUAAUGGUCUUUUCGCUAAGCAAAACCAAUUAAACACCAUUAUGUUUUGGAAAUCUUUUAACCACGAUUUAUCCUUUGAAUCAAGCGGUGAAUUAAGAAUCAGUGCCCAAAUGAUUUACGCUCUUGUUGGUGCUGUCACUUUCACCCACGGUAAACAAGUUGCAGAACAGUUUCUCCAUGAAAAAUUCUUAAAUGCAAGUCCUUCGAUUGAAGAUAUAACUGCCCGUAUCAUUGAAAAAAAUAGCCAAUAAUUAAUAGAUCAAGUAAAUAGUUUAUGUACAUAGAAUAAAAUAAUAACCUCA